UUUUCAAUUGGAUUGCAAGUUGGGGAAUAUAGUAUUGUCUUCUUCAAAUGGAUAACCUUUAACUGUGACUCGUCAAUGUCGGGGUGCUACUUUCUUCUGCCACGCAUCCUCUUUAGCCCAUCCCCAUCCAAAUCCCUACUUUGUCCUUCCUUCCUCAGUCCAAUCUAACUCAAAUCGUUGUAAAUUUUCAUUCUUGAUUCACCUAAAUUAAAGAUUUCAAUUUUAAUUUCAUACCUUUCUUCCUCGGUAGCUAAUUCACAGUCAUCAAAUUUUCAAUCGCUGUUUACUGUUUGCUUACUAAUCAAAACCCUCACAAACCCUAAUUCCAAUUUUCCCCCAAAUCAGAGCUUCACUGCAUGGCAUCACCACACAGCAAUCGGAAGGAGAACGACCGCCCCGCCGCCGCCGUUCUCCACCAGCCGGCCUCCCCCCGCUUCCCUCCCGGGACCCCCACCUCCGGCGCCCAGCGCAAGGUCGCGAUCGCCGUCGAUCUCAGCGAUGAGAGCGCCCACGCCGUGAAGUGGGCCGUCCAGAACUACCUCCGCCCCGGCGACGCCGUGAUCCUCCUCCACGUGCGCCCCACCUCCGUCCUCUACGGUGCCGAUUGGGGCGCCGUGGACGUCUCCGCCGACGCCGCCGACGACGAGAGGUCGCAGCAGAAGCUGGAGGACGAUUUCGACAAUUUCACCACGAGCAAAGCGGAUGACCUGGCGCAGCCGCUGGUGGAGGCGGCGAUUCCGUUCAAGAUCCAUAUUGUGAAGGAUCACGACAUGAAGGAGAGGCUGUGCCUGGAGGUGGAGAGGCUGGGGCUUAGUGCUGUGAUCAUGGGGAGCAGGGGAUUCGGGGCGUCGAGGAGGGGGAGUAAAGGGAGGCUGGGGAGUGUGAGUGAUUACUGCGUGCAUCACUGUGUGUGCCCAGUGGUUGUGGUGAGGUUUCCCGAUGAGAGAGAUGCGGAUUCUGAUGAUGUAAAUGGGGGUUCGGGGAAGGCGCUGGAUACGGAUAUCUCGGCUCUGCAACCGGUGCCGGAGGAGGAGGAGCCGCUCUUUCUUGAUGCUUCUGAUCAUAAUGCAGAUGUGGAGAAGAUCUCUUGAGCUGGUGAUUGGAGAGGUCUUGUUUUCCUGAGACGGCGUUCAUCAUGGAUACUUGUUUGUGUGAGAGAAGCUGAGUACUUCAUUCGGCUUAUCCUUUGGCUGCUGUAUGUUGUUUCUGUGAAGGCUGAAUGAUCAUCAUUGUUGAUGAGUUUCCUUCCUAUGUUUUAGAUACUGAGAAUGGUCAUGCUAUCGAUGUGAUGUAAGCUAUCUUCCCGACUUCUUCGCAGACACAUCUUCCAGUUUCAUAUACUCAUCUAAUGGCGAUCAUACUGAAACCAUCUAUUUUCUCUA